CAGGGAGUUUCACUCUGUCUCCCUUAAGAGGAGGCUGGGGCAGAAGCAGCCUUACAGGUGUGAGCGGAGGCAGGCGCUGCUCCUGGGACCGCAGCAUGUUGCAAUGGAGUCUUCUGGUAGUCUCUUUCCUCCUUUCUCCAGUUCCAGCAAGUGCAGCCAAAGAACUCCCUAAGGACAAGAAUUAUGAAGUGGUUUAUCCCAUAAGACUUCACCCAUUGCGCAAAAGAGAGACCAAAGAGCCAGAGCCAAAGGAAGCAUUUGAAACUGAGCUAAAGUACCAGAUGACAAUCAACGGAAAGGUGGCGAUCCUGUACUUGAAGAAGAACAACAAGCUCCUAGCACCAGGCUACUCGGAAACAUACUAUAAUUCCAGUGGAAAGGAGGUCACCACAAGCCCACAAAUCAUGGUUAACUGCUACUACCAAGGACACAUCAUAGAUGAGAAAGAUUCUGAAGCCAGCAUCAGCAUGUGUGACGGUCUACGGGGCUACUUCAGUCAAGGAGAUGAACGAUAUUUUAUCGAACCUUUGAGAUCUGGGAGUCUGGAUGAGCAUGCCCAUGCCGUCUUCAAGGACGACCCCAACGAAGAUCAGGCUAACAGCAGCUGCGGCGUGGACGAUGCGCGAUGGCAACAAGGGCUGCAUGGGAACGUGGUCCCAUCAGCCACCAGACUAAUUAAGCUGGAUGGUGGGAAGGCUCACGAACCUAAGACAUAUAUUGAAUAUUUUUUGGUCCUGGAUAAUGGUGAGUUUAAGAAGUACAAUAAAAAUCUUACUGAAAUAAGAAAGAGAGUGCUUGAGAUGGCCAAUUACGUCAACAUGCUUUACAAAAAGCUUAAUGCCCAUGUAGCCUUAGUUGGAAUGGAAAUCUGGACCGAUGAGGAUAAAAUAAAGAUAACCCCAGAUGCCAACAGCACCCUGGAUAACUUCUCUAGAUGGAGAGGAAAUGAUCUACUAAAACGGAAGCAUCAUGAUAUUGCCCAGUUAAUCUCCUCAAGAGACUUUUCUGGAUCAACAGUGGGCCUCGCUUUCAUGUCUUCAAUGUGUUCCCCUUAUCAUUCUGUUGGUGUCAUUCAGGAUCACAGUAACUACCAUCUUCGAGUUGCAGGGACAAUGGCUCAUGAAAUGGGGCACAACCUCGGUAUGAUCCAUGAAUAUUUGAGUUGCAAGUGUCCAUCUGAAGUCUGUGUAAUGGAGCAGUCACUAAGGUUCCAUAUGCCCACAGACUUCAGUUCCUGCAGCCAUGUCAACUAUGGGCAGUUUCUUGAAGACAAAUUGUCUCAUUGCCUCUAUAAUACCCCAUUGCCUUCUGAUAUCAUAUCCAUCCCGGUGUGUGGCAACCAAUUACUAGAGAUGAACGAGGAAUGUGACUGUGGCUCCCCCCAGGAAUGUACCAACAGAUGCUGCAAUGCGAAGAGCUGUAAAAUCAAAGCAGGUUUCCAGUGCGCCCUGGGCGAGUGCUGUGAGAAGUGCCAACUUAAAAAGGCUGGGGUUGUAUGCAGGGCAGCAAAAGAUGAGUGCGAUCUGCCUGAAAUGUGUGAUGGUAAAUCCAGCCACUGCCCAGUCGACAGAUUUAGAGUCAAUGGCUUUCCUUGCCAAAAUGGGCAUGGCUAUUGUUUGAAGGGCAACUGUCCCACCCUGCAGCAACAGUGCACGGAGAUGUGGGGCCCAGGGACCAAGGUGGCAGACCAGUCAUGUUUCCAGCACAAUGAAGGUGGCUCAAAGUACGGAUACUGUCACAUAGAGAAUGGCACGCACGUGCCCUGCAAAGCAAAAGAUGCCAUGUGUGGGAAGUUGUUCUGUGAAGGUGGGUCACAUAAUCUGCCGUGGAAAGGACUGACAGUAUCUUUUCUGACAUGUAAAUUAUUUGCUCCUGAAGACACCAGUCAAGGAAUAGGCAUGGUGGCCAAUGGAACCAAGUGUGGACAGAACAAGGUGUGCAUUAAUGCAGAGUGUGUGGACAUGGAGGAGACAUACAAGUCAACCAACUGCUCCUUGAAGUGCAAGGGGCAUGCAAUUUCUCCAUCGUGGUUGGUGUGCUCUUCCCUCUGGCAGUCAUAUUUGUGGUGGUUGCUAUAGUGAUCCGGCAUCAAAGUGCCAGAAGGAAUCAGAGGAGAGUUCAGAGGUCACUGCCCACUAAGGAUGCCAAGAUGCACAAACAGAAGUGUAAAUCCCCAAAGGCGAAGCCGGUUCAACUCCAGGAGAUGAGUCAGAUGAAGAAGCUCCACGUGUCUGAAGAAGCUCUGCCCACUGAAGAGAAUGAGCCUCCCCUCAAUGUUCUAUCCACAAAGCCAAAUUUCCCACCACCACCAAUUCCUGUUUCCUCGGAUUCAAAUGCAAAAGUCUGAAGCAACAGCUAAGCCAGGGUUGAUGAUCACAUGAUCAGAUUGGAAGCCUGGAUGUUUUGGAUGGAAAAGAGAUAUGUUCACUUCUUUAUUACUAUUGCUCUUGGCACUCAGAGGUCAACAUUGCCUAGUUGAUGCUGUAUUUUGAAGAGACUAAAACUUGCAAGAAAGAUACUUUUGAGAACCUUUGUCCUAACUUAAAUAAUCUCCUUUCCAUACUCAUAGGAAGAUGGCAAAGGAAAUAUAUAAACUAUAAUACUCUAAUUAGUUGGUUCCAACGCUUGGUUUACUAUGAUGGUGACUGCUUAAAUAUUUUUGACGACCUGAAUUUUCUUCCGCCUUUGGAAGGGAUUGUUGUGCUCUCUAAUGAAAACACAACAAUACAAACAAAACAAAAUCAUAAGAAGCUGGAGGAGGGUGCAUUCUUUAUUAAAUAAGUAGCAAUGUCUUGAUUCUAUCUACUUGUCAAAUUAGAACAUCAAUUUAAAAAUAGAAUUAUGUAAGUACCUCCUCUUCUAGAUGUCUUCAAUAUCCUUUCUUCUGAAGUUAUUUUUUAUUCACUUUGCUAUUUGGGGAGUUUCCUACAAUAGAGGAAAAUAUUCUUAUGAACUAAUUUAGUCACCAAUUAUUUGUGUGCUGACUGCUGGCAUUACUAAAGUGAGCUUCCCUUGUAAACAGAGAAUGUUCAGUUAAAGAAAUGAACAUGAACCAGGAGUUGCAAACUGGUGACCUACGGGCAGGGUUUGGAUUGCAGAUGUGUUUUAUUUGCUCUAAAUCAAAGAUCCUGGCCACACAGCACUAUUUUUUUUAAAAAAAAAGAUUGUUUUGAGUUUAUAAGAAAUAAUUUUUAAAUUGCGAGAUCUUGCAUAAACAUCCAGAUUGCUGGAUUGUAACAAUCAGAUGGGUCUGUCAACAACAGAAUCACACUUCCCAUAACAUCUUCAUCUUCAUGACAGAUGCUAAAAUGAACAUGGUUGGCUGGGUACCAAACACUCCCCUGCCUUGUUUUAAAGACCCUGAUUUUACCAUUUUUUUAGAACAGUCGAUGUAACUCCAUACACAUAAUGUUAACCACUCAUGACAAUCAGAAUGUCCUUGCCUCUGAUUCGUUAAGUGAGUGGGUUACUCCCCGCUUUGGCCCUGUGAGAUGAGGGAGGAGGUUAUGUUGGAAAACUUCUAAGGAAUGUUUCCCCAUCCAUCCUUUCUUCUGCUUGUUGGCAUCUGGUCCUGCUGCAGCUGUGUUGGGAUCUGAAGACAAGGAUGGUGUGGACAAGAUAGAGCAGAAAGAUAAACAGAAUUCAGCUGAACUUUCCUAAGAUGUUAUUGAGCUGGUAGAUUAACAACUGUUGAACUGGCUCCACUUUUUGCUGGGACUUUUUGUACAAUCAAUAAAUUUUCCUUGUUGUGCAAAA